AGUAUAUAAGGGACAAUAAAUGAAUGGAUUUGCAUUUGAAAGUAGAACAGUUGAAAUGUUUAAAGAACAGCAAUUACUGCUACCUUUUCUAAUAAUUCUUUGUAUAAAUGAUAUUAAGGGAACAAAAAAUGUUUCCAUUAAUUACGCGGAUAACCCUGAAGAAAGCGGGCAGCAUCGUGAAGGAGACAUAGUUCAAGACGAUCGCAAUGGCAUUUUAUCUGCCAAAUCCAAAUGGCCAAAGCAUAGAGUGCCGUAUGUCCUGAAGGGCUCAUUCUCCAAAAAGGAGCUUUCCAUAAUUGAUCAUGUCCUAAACGAAUUUCAUCAAAAGACUUGUAUACGUUUUCAAAAGCGUAAGAAUGAAAAUGAUUUUUUGAUUAUUGACAACAAAUCCAACGGUUGUUGGUCAAGUGUAGGACGUUUGGGAGGCAGCCAAGAAUUGAACUUAGAAUCAAUGAAAUGCUUUAAAAAUUAUGGUACAACAAUGCAUGAACUAAUGCAUACAUUAGGUUUCUAUCAUGAACAGAAUCGCUAUGAUCGGGAUGAUUAUGUGAAGGUUCUCUGGGAGAAUAUUAAAAAGAAUAUGAAAGUGAAUUUUGAAAAAUUAAAGCGUAAUGCGGCUUCUGGUUACGGUGUCGCGUAUGAUUAUGGCAGUACUAUGCAUUAUAAGGCGACAAGUUUUUCAAAAAACGGUCAACCCACAUUAAAAGCUUUGAAAAUGAAUGCAGAUUUUAAGAAAAUGGGACAACGUCAAGGUUUCUCCGCAAGCGAUAUAGACAAAAUUAAUAAAAUGUAUAAGUGUUAAAAUAUAUUCACUUUUUAUUUACGUAUGCCUAUGUUCUACAACGGCAGGUAAUACAUUAAAAAUAUGAUCUUUGGUUAAAACAAUAACUUUUCAAUUCAUUUAACAUCACAAACAUCACAACAAGCUAAGGUAAUUCGUUGUAGUAUAUACAAAAGCAAAAAAAAAAAAAU